AUGCCCAAGAGAAAGGCUGAAGGUAAUGAAGCUAAUGAAGAUAAAGCCAAGGUGAAGGAUGACCCACAGAGAAGAUCUGCAAGAUUAUCUGCUAAACCUGCUCCUCCAAAGCCAGAGCCCAAGCCUAAAAAGAACUCUGCAAGGAAGGGCCCCAAAGUGAAAAAGGGGAAAGCUGGCAAGGAUGGGAAUCAGUUUCAUUCAGAUGGGAAUAAGCCUGCAGAUAAUGGAGAUGCCCAAAUAGAUCAGGCAUGGAAAGCUGAUGGUGCUGGUGAUGCUGGGUGA